UGACACUCGUAGUUCGAUAAAACUCCGUGAAGUGAAACAGCCGCCGGCCGACCACCUCUCUGCCACCGGCGGCAACUUUCCUUUGGAACCCACCUCACAAAUCACUCUUAAAACCCACAAAAACGAGCCCGUGCCCAAGAACCUGAAGCCUCUUUCAGGAAAUUAGGAGCCUGCAAGUUCACAAUUUGCUGUCUGAGAAAGCUAAAUGAACAGUACUGUUGAUUUCACAUCUGAAGAUUCAAUGGAGUACUGGAAAAUCAUCCACAUCCCAGAGAAACCUCCUGUUGUUCCUCACCUCCAAGCUACUGUGGAUGUUCUUGCUUCUGUUAUUGAUCCUAAGCAAGCCAACACCAUGGUCAGGAAGUUAAAUCACAUAGCACCCUUGGAAGGUCUCCGCCAUGUGAAGCGCAUACGGAAGACUUGUCUUGAUGGAGGAAAAAAUCAAUUAUUUGUGAUCUUAUGCACGGCUUCUGGAAAUGAUGGUGAGUUCAACUCUUUGCCUGAGGGCGUAAUGGAGCUUGUGAAAACAUACCAAUUGAGUACUUUUACCACAAAGGUGUGCAAAUAUGCUGCAUCAACGAAAGAAGAAUGGGCAGAACAAUGCAAGUUGUGGCCGACUUCUUUUCAUCCACCCACCUACAAUAUUGAUGGCAUAACUGGAUUUAGCGAAGAAGGGUCAUUAUCAGUAUUCAACUUCAUGAAACUUGCAAUUCGUUUGGCAAAAUCUGGUCCUUUGGUUGUGAAUUCCGCUAUUAUAGUUGAUCCUUCAACUGAAAAGAUUAUAGGUAGCUCGUGCGACCUGGUCCAGCCUUGCAAUUUUCUCGCAAACUGUUCCGAAAAAUUUCGAGAAGAAAAAUCCUCGUCCAAUGAAGAAAAGCAUUAUUCUUAUAAGAAUGUCGCUUGUUUGCAUCCUUUGGGUUGGCUCGAAAAACCUUCUGAUUUGACUUGUGAUUCUUGGCACCCUUUACGGCAUGCUGCAAUUGCGGCUAUAGAAAAUUCUGCUGCAAGAGAUAGACUUCUUUUCCCUUUGGAGGGACAUAGCUUAGUGUCGGACCAAGAAAAUGGUGAGGUGUCCUUGAAAAGACAAAAGGUUGAGGAUGAUGAGAAAAUGGUUAGUAGUUCACAUUGUGACUCAACAAGACCUUAUUUAUGUACCGGAUAUGAUAUCUACUUUGUGUGGGAGCCCUGCAUUAUGUGUUCAAUGGCAAUUGUGCAUCAGAGAAUAAGGCGCGUGUUUUAUGCAUUCCCGAACCCGAACGAUGGUGGCCUAGGGAGUGUUCACAGGCUGCAAGGAGAAAGAAGCUUGAACCAUCACUAUGUGGUUUUUAGGGUUUUGGUGCCUGAAGAUAUCAUAAAGACCGACGAAGCUUUGCUAACGUCACCCGACAGUUAAUCAAUCAGCUGCCAUUGUUGCAUAAUCAUGCUAUGACAUUAUCUAGACCUUAUUUUAUCUCUUUUAGCCUCAGUUAUAUUUGCAAACUCAGUUUAUAUCUAGAGCUCUUCCUGACUAUUGGCUUUGAAUUGUGUCCUAUUGAGAAAGUGAGAAACAAUUACUCGAGCUUGAGUUUGAGUCUGCAAAGUAUAAAUUCAAGCUCAACUUGACGAGCAAACUACAAAUUCAAACUGACUGCCUGAUUCCGGUUCGAACUGCCGGUUUUCAAUUGUUUUCUUAAUGUUAUACGGAUAAAAAAAUCAGCAGAAACCGCUGUUUUUUUUUUUUUUUGAAAAAAAAGACGGGCAAUUUGUCUGGUUUCGCCUGUUUAUUUAUUUAUUUUGGGGAAAAGCUCAUAUGAAGCCAAGUGGCGCCCCAUGAACGGGGAAAAGCCCAUAUGAAGCCCAAGUAGGUUUCAUCCCAAAACCAAUUGGUGGAAAGAUGAAUAGUCCAUUAGACUUAUAAAUUAGGUCUAUUUUUCCUGUAUAAACGAUUUGGGACAACUCACAAGUGAUAUUCUAACUUUUUAUGGCCAAAACAGCGGUUAAUAGCCGAUUCCAGUUCGAUUUAAGUUCCGGUAAUUUUGCAAACUAUAAAUGAACGCCAGACCACAAUUUCGGUUACGGUUUAAUCCGAACUGCAGUUAACUGUACCGGUUUGGCAGUUCGGUUAAAAACCUUUAACAUGUCUACUAAUAUACUUUAAAUA